AUGACUAGAGUUAUCUGUCACAUUUGUUCUAAAAUUAUAAGAAAGAACUGUCGUGCUGUCGAAUGCGAUUCAUGUUUACAGUGGUGUCACUUUAAAUGCUCAAAAUUGUUGCUUAAACAGUUUAAUCAUUUAUCGCUCACCAACGAUUUAUGGCUCUGUCAGCCCUGCUAUUCUGAAGUCUUUCCCUUUCACAAUUUAAACAACAAUGAUCUAUUGGAUCUAGUCUUUAAUUCCAAUACAUUGUGCCACUGCUCCCCAUUCAUUGAUCGCGUUCGCCUUGAAAAUCUUCCUCAUCUAGACAUAGUUUCUAGUUUGAAUUUUCCGAAUUUAAGUGACUUUGAUUUAGAUAUUAAUAUUCCUAGUCAGAUUAAUUCAAAAUACUACUCCCCCCAUGAAUUUCACUCGUCUUAUGAGCUUUCAAAUUUAUCAGACAAAUCGCUCUCACUUCUUCAUUGUAAUAUAAGAAGUAUUUCAAAAAACUUUGAUAAAUUACAAGAUAUGCUUUCUACUUUAAAUCAUCCUUUUAAGUUAAUUGCUCUAUCUGAAACCUGGCAUUCUGACUGUAGAGAGCAUAUUGCUAAUUGUUCUCUCCCAGGUUUUACUUAUAUAUCGAAACCGACUAAAUUUUCAGUUGGGGGAGUAGGUUUAUUUAUAGCUGAUUCUUUUAAUUUCAUUUUGAGGGAGGACUUAUCCAUUUCAAAUGAUCAACAAGAAUCUUUAUGGGUUGAAAUACAAAAUAAUAAGGGUAGCAAAAACAUAUUAUGUGGAGUUAUUUACCGCCAUCCAAAUAGUUCUCUUGACCCCUUUUUAGAACAUUCCUAUAAAACCAUGGACAAAAUCAGUAAGGAGGGAAAGCUCUGCCUUUUUUCAGGUGACAUAAAUUUGAAUUUAUUAAAUUCAGACUCCCACCAACAAACAGGCUCAUUUCACACCUUCAAAAAUUGUAUCUUCUAAUAAGGUUUUAACCAAUGUAAAUGAGAUAGCAAAUGAGUUCAAUUACUUCUUUGCUAAUGUUGGCAGAAAUAUCAGCAACAAUAUUCCAAAAGUAAACACUUUAUUUUCAGAAUUUCUUCCAACAGCUAAUUCUAACAGCUUUCUUCUAGCUCCCACAUCUACAGAGGAAAUUAGAAGUAUAAUCUUAGGAAUUAAAUCAGGUAAAGCUUGUGGUUCUUAUAGCAUUCCAAUUACAGUUCUUAAAAUACUAAGCUCUAUUAUUUCAAGGCCUCUGGAGAUAUUAUACAAUCUGUCCUUUUCUUCUGGCAUUGUACCUGAUGCCUUCAAAAUUGCACGUGUCAUACCUAUUUACAAAUCAGGCUCUCAUUUUGACACUUCUAAUUUUAGACCAAUAUCAUUAUUAUCUAUUUUUAAUCAGUUACUUGAAAGGUUAAUGUAUAACAGAGUGAUAAAAUUUCUAGACAAAUACGAUAUUUUGUACAAAAAUCAAUUUGGCUUUCGAGCCAAUCAUUCUACAGAACAUGCUCUUCUGCUUAUUACCGAUAAAAUCCAAAGAUCAAUUGAGGGUGGUCAAUACUCUUGUGGCAUAUUUCUUGAUUUUAGCAAAGCUUUUGAUACUGUUGAUCAUAAAAUAUUAUUAGCAAAACUUUAUUCAUACGGCAUCCGUGGCAUAGCUUAUGAAUGGUUUGUUUCCUACUUAUCAAACAGGCAACAGUUUGUUUCUAUUGGUAAUGUGUCAUCUGCACCACUACCAAUAACAUGUGGAGUGCCUCAAGGUUCAGUACUUGGUCCACUUCUCUUUCUUCUGUACAUUAAUGAUUUUAAUAACUGCUCCAACUUAUUUGACUUUCAUUUAUUUGCUGAUGAUGCCAAUUUAUUUUGUGCCGAUUCUUCAUUGACAUCCUUAGAGACCAAAGUAAACACAGAUCUGUAUAAUAUAAAUCGUUGGCUUUGUGCAAAUAAAUUGGCUUUGAACAUCAGUAAAACUAAUUUUGUCAUUUUUCGACCAGCACAAAAGAGGCUGGCUAGUUCUAUUUCUUUAUCAAUCAAUAAUAAUACCAUUAAACAAAAAAAUAAUAUCAAAUAUCUUGGUGUAGUUAUUGACUCCUUUCUUAACUGGAAGGAGCACAUUAACCAGUUAAGUAAGAAAAUCUCCAGAGGUGUCGGAAUAAUAGCAAAGCUGCGUUACUAUGUAUCACCAACAAUUCUCACUCAGCUAUAUUAUUCUCUAAUUUAUCCAUUUCUUACUUAUGGUGCUAUUAUUUGGGGCAACACAUAUGAAUCAACAAUCAAGCCUCUUUUUAUUUUACAGAAGAAAGCUGUUAGAAUCAUAACUUUCUCAUCUUACAUUGAACAUACUUCUCCUAUCUUUAGAAAACUAAAUAUCUUGAAAUCUCCUGAUCUAAUCUAUUACUUAAACACAAUAUUUAUGUACAAAUUUAAUUUGAAUCUACUUCCAACUCCUUUUGAUUCUUUUUUUACUACGGUUGCUUCAAGGCACAAAUAUAAUACAAGACUGGCUUCUAAAUCAUCGUACUGCCUCCCUUUACCUCGAACUAAUUAUGGAAAGUUUAAUAUUCGUUUUAAAGGUGCCUCAAUUUGGAAUAACAUCAAAGAACCUACCAAAACCAUGCGUUUGCCUAGCUUCAAGGCUGCAAUAAAGACCUCAAUCCUUGAAAAUUAUUAGCCUCUAUCUAGUUUUUUUGUUUUAUUGCAUUUUAUUUUGCUGCUGCUUUCAUGUAUUUUGUAUUCGUGCCUUGUACGUCCUUGCUAUACGCUCCAUUUAAUUGAACUAUUUUGUGCUGCCUAGCCAGAUUAGCUUUUUAGUUACUUCUAGGCAGCCAAUACCCAAAAUCUGUAAUUAUUAUUUAUUUUCUUACUGUAAUUUCUGUGUGUGGUAUAAAUAAAGUUAUAUUGUUGUU